CCUAAAGACACCUGCUCUCACAAACACAGGGGAGCAGCACCAGCAGCAUCUGACCAGCAGCACGGAGGAACGUCCCUGACCCUCGUGACCAUCAGCGUUUUAUCACCUCCCUCAACCACAAAGACAAGACGAGACUAGACUUUUAACAAUUUCCCCCCCAAAAAAGAGACGUGACCUGACAACACAACUGUCCCCGGCUGAUCCACUGCAGCAGCACCAACACAACCCAGCGGUCGCAUCAUGAUUGAGAGCGACAAUGAGCUGUCGGCCAUGGUGCAGGAGCUGUGGGACAACGAUGUCAACAGACUCCGACCAGGAAAAGACUACAGGAUCUCCCUGCAGGGCAAAGCUGGAGACAGCAUGUCCAUCAACGACAACAACGACGGAGCUGGAUAUCCUCUGUUUACAUUUGUUGACGAGAACAUUUUCAAAAAGGAGACCUUUCUGGCCUUUAUUUCCCUGCUGGAUAACUACGUGAGUGACACUGGCGAGCCAGAAAUUGUAACCCCCGAGGAGGUGGCAGAAAACCACAAGUUCCUGGACUCCAUCAUUCAGACUCCCACCAUGAAGAUAGCCCAUAAAUACCUGGUAGAGAAGCACCUCUCUCCUGCGGAUACGACAAAAUUCAAGGAGCAGCUGUACAGGAUCUGGUUUGAACUGUAUGCGAGGAGGGGAUCCAGCAGGCCAGACUCCUCGGGGUUUGAACACGUGUUUGUCGGAGAGACGAGAGGAGGCCGGACUGUGAUUGGCUUUCACAACUGGAUCCAGCUCUACCUGCAGGAGAAGCUGGGACACAUCGAUUACAAAGGCUACAGCGUCAAUGCACAUUCACCCCAGCCUGACGAGAACAAACACAUCCUGGCCCUCCAGUUCAGCUGGAAGAACGGUAUAAAGCCCAAGGGCAGCAUCUUCAUCGGCGUCAGUCCCGAGUUCGAGUUCGCCCUCUACACCCUCUGUUUCCUCACCUCGCCCAAUGAGCGCGUCAAAGUCCAGUUCAGUUUCUACGAUGUGGAGAUCGUUUGCCACCACUACAACCAAAAGCACAUAGGCACCACCUACCCUGUGCUCCUCAAGUACCAGAACCUUUAGUAACCCGACCUGGAAAUCAAUUUGCAUUACACAAAAAUGUCAUAGGUAUUGUUGUUGCCUUUUUAUUUUAGA